CGAGACUGCGCAGUAGCGCCAUCAUGGGGAGUUAACGCCGUGGACUGACAGUCGAGGCGAUAAUAAUUCAUGUCAAGUUUUUUUAAAUAUAAAUAUAUAUAUAUAUACUUUUGUGAAUCGGCCGGUACUUCUACGCGGAGCCGUUGCUAGGAGCGCCGGUAUCUCGUGGGAGCUAUGCGGCGGAGUAAGGCCGAAGUGGACCGUUACGUCUCCACAGUAACGAGCUCCUCUCCCUCACUCAAAGAGAAGCCAGUCAAAGGGUUUUUAUUUGCUAAAUUGUACUUCGAAGCGAAGGAAUAUGAACUUGCAAAAAGGCAUGUAUCAGAGUAUCUGAAAGUCCAGGAGAGAGAUCCCAAAGCACACAAAUUCCUUGGACAGCUCUACGAGAGAGAGGGAGACAUCAACAAGGCAGUAGGAUGUUACAAGCGGUCAGUGGACUUGAACCCGGCCCAGAGGGACCUGGUGUUGAAGGUGGCUGAGUUGCUGGUCAGUAAGGAGGAAUGUGACAGCAGAGCAGAGUUCUGGGUGGAGAAAGCUAACAAGCUGCUGCCAGGAAACCCUGCAGUCUUCAACCUGAAGGAGCGGUUGUUGAGUCGUCAGGGUCAGCAGGGUUGGAACCGGUUGUUCGACCUCCUCCAGGCCGAGCUGGCAGCGAGGCCAGCUGACGCUCAUGUAAACGUGAAGCUGGUGCAGCUGUUCUGCCAGGACGGACGGCUGGAGGAAGCCGUUAAACACUGCCUGGCUGCUGAGAAAAGGGGCGUGCUGAGCCACAGUUUGGCCUGGUACACAGUGGUGUUGCACACACUGCAGGAGUAUCUAGCUCAGCCCAGCGUCUCUAGUAAUGAGAAGAUGUAUCGGCGUCUCCAGAGGGAGCUGCUACUGGCCCACUGCAACUUGCUGAGAAUCACACUGUCUGAGAGCAGCAUGCAGCCCAGCCUUGAUGCCCUCAGAGGAUUUGACAAAGCUAUGCAGACACUGAGCAGCGUUGCUUGCCGCCACUCAGACGAUCUUUGUGAGGUGUUUGUGGAGAUGAGAGGUCACCUCUACAUGCAUGCUGCCACACUGCUGUUGAAGCUGGCUCAGGAUCGCCAACACACGUGGAGGGCCGUCAUUGACCUGGCCGCACUGUGCUACCUGCUGGCGUACCAGGUCCCCAGACCAAAGGCUAAAGUGACCAAAAGAGACCAGUCAGCCCCACAGCUUCUGGAGCUGCUGGCCAACGACCGACAGAGUCAGGCCGGCCACAUGUUGCUAAAUCUGAGCACGGAUUCAACCACCUUGAUCAGAGAGGUGGUGGAGGCGUUUGGGAACCGUAGCGGUCAGGAUUCUCUGUUUGAACUCCUGUUUGGACCACAAGCCUCCACUGGAUCUUCCUUUAUUGCCAACGAUGACAUUCGUUCCAUUACGACCACGGCUCCAGAGCUCUCUCAGCUGGCCAAAUGGGAUGCUGGCUCCAUCCUGCGGCACGGUGGUGACCUGCAACAUCUAAGCUGGCUGGGACUACAGUGGACCCUUCUGGCCCAAAGACCGGCCCUGCGGGACUGGCUGCAGCAGCUAUUUCCCAGGCUUACUCUGGAAACCUCCAAACUGGACACCAACGCACCAGAGUCCAUCUGCCUGCUGGACCUGGAGGUGUUUUUAUGUGGGGUGGUGUUCUGUAGCCACUGUCAGCUCCAGGAGACGGCGAAGAUCAGCAGUGGAGCGAACCAGCAGCAACAACAGCAGCUCUAUGAGCCUCGCUGCCUCCCUCUUCCCCUCCUCCGUCUCCUGACCACUGACAGGCAGAGAGAGUGGUGGGAUGCCAUCUACAGCCUCAUUCACAAACAAGCAGCUCCUGGCAUGUCAGCCAAACUGCGGAUGAUUGUGCAGCAUGGACUGAAUACUCUGAGGGCUGGAGAGAAAAAUGGACUCCAACCAGCGCUGGCCAUCCACUGGGCUCAGUGUCUCAGCCAGACGGGAGAUGGAGUGAACUCGUACUACGACCAGAAGGAGUACAUCAGCCGCAGUGUCCACUACUGGAAAUUUGUACUUCCACUGUUGGAAAAGAUCAAAAACAGACGCAGUAUACCAGAACCACUUGAACCCCUCUUCAUGCACUUUCACUCCAAAGAUAUUCAGAUCUCUUCUGUUAGGGGUUAUGAGGAGGAAGCCAAGAUAGCAUAUGCGGCUCUUCUUGACAUCGAAGGCAAGACGGAGGAAGCCAUCGCUACCCUGGAAACCAUCAAUAACAUGUCAUCCAUCUGGCAUCUGGCACAGAUCUACCAGCGUUUAUCGGAGGAGGCCAGCAACGGGGUGGAGGAGACCCAAGACAGAUGCAUCACUUUUCUGAGAAAGUUCAGGACGUACUUGUCAAAGAUCUAUAACGCUAAUGCCGAUGACAUUGAGAAGCUGCCUGUUUCCAUGGAGGAAGUUGUGGACCUUCUGAAUGAUGUGAACCAGCAGCUGGGGGAGAGUGGGGAGGCCAUGGAUGAGGAGGAAGAGAAGGAGGAUGAGGUUCGAAGAGGGCCGGCCCACUCCAGCCCUGCUCAUCUCACAGAAACCUCUGCUACCAUAUCCCACAUAAAGUUUUCUACUCCCUCUCCAAACAAAAGCAUCGUCUCUCCUUCCAAAAGACACUUGAUUUCUCCCAAGACACCACCUCACUGGGUGGAGGACCAGAAAAGUCUCCUCCAAAUGCUGUGUCAGCAAGUUGAAGCCCUCAAGAAUGAGGUCCAUGAUCUGAGACACAACUCUUCAGGGAACCCUGGCUCCCCUCAUCACAAAAUGUAUGGUGAGAGCUACGGGGCUGAGGGCCUACAGGAGCCUUUCACCCCGGUCCCGUCCUACCACGGCGCCCCCCUAACAGUUGCCACUACAGGCCCCUCUGUGUACUACAAUCAGUCUCCAGCUUAUAACUCUCAGUAUCUCCUGCGUACAGCAGCAAAUGUAACCCCGACCAAGGGCCCUUUGUAUGGUAUGAACCGUAUGCCACCUCAGCAGCAUAUGUAUGCCUACCAGCAGCCCACUCAUACGCCUCCAUUGCAAACACCGUCAGCCUGCAUUUAUCCUCCUCAAGAACAGGUGCCCUUUGGUGCCCCUCUUCGAUUUGAAUCACCAGCCACGAGCCUUCUUUCCCCAUAUAGUGAGGAAUACUAUGGCCAAAGUGUAACCCCACAAGCCCCUAACCCUCCCCUGCCUGAACCUGGAUACUUUACCAAGCCAUCUGUAGUCCCUGUUCAGCCACCAAAGAGCAUUGAGGGGAAGCCGAUGGACUUUGGGAAGCUCUCCUUCAGCCAGCAGGCACCCGCUGAAGUCCCCAAAGUGCCUAGUUUUGGAGCAGCUGCAGUUGCUCAGUCAACGCCCUCAGCUGCUUUUAAAUUCACCUCCAACUUUAAAUCCAACGAUGGAGAUUUCACUUUCUCAGCUUCCCAGGCCAAGCACAGUGAAAGUCUUCUCGGUCUUCUCACGUCAGACAUUCCCACUAAAACAGAUACCACUCCAGAGAAGCAUGCAGGACAGGAGCAGCUCCCCAGCCAAACGGAUAUCUUCACCUUUGGCAAUAAAAAUGUUACUGGCUUUUUUGGAAAGGUGGAGCAGCCAUUUAAAUUUGGGGAUGCCACCACGAUGGUUCCUAAACCUGCAUUAGAAGAGGAAAGAGCAGCAGAGAGUGACAAUGACAGCACUCAUGUUGAGGAAGAUGAGGAUGGUCCUCACUUUGAACCCAUUGUACCACUUCCUGAUAAAGUAGAUGUGAAAACAGGAGAAGAGGAGGAGGAGGAAAUGUUUUGCAACAGGGCGAAGCUGUAUCGAUUUGACGCAGAGACAAAAGAGUGGAAGGAGCGGGGCAUUGGUAAUGUUAAAAUCCUAAUGCACAGCACUAAAGGGAAGGUCCGCCUCUUAAUGAGAAGGGAACAGGUCCUUAAGAUCUGUGCAAAUCACUACAUCAAUGCCGAUAUGCUACUGAAACCGAAUGCUGGCUCUGACAAAUCCUGGGUCUGGAAUGCCAUUGAUUAUGCGGAUGAAGAGCCCAAGCCCGAGCAGCUGGCAAUCCGCUUCAAAACAGUAGACGAGGCUUCACUUUUCAAAGCAAAGUUUGAGGAAGCCCAGAAAAUUGUGCUCAAAUCACCAGAAAAGCGCGAUCAACAGGAGAAGAAAGAGGAAACUCCAAAUGUUUCUGAAUCACUGGCAGCCCAGUUUGCUCUUAAAGCAGGGGAAUGGGAGUGCGAUGUAUGCUGUGUAAGAAAUAAACCCACGAAUACGCGAUGUGCCGCUUGUCAAACUGCCAAUCCCAAUUCUUCAUCCAAGCCGGACAUUCCGGCUGCUGGUGAAACCAAAGCCAGUCCCUUUACUUUCAAAUUUGGGACUGAUUCAUCAAAACCCAGUAGUUCUGGCUCUCCAUUUACUGGAUUUGGUGCUUUUGGAGCUUCUAUACCUUCUUCUUUUACAUUCGGCACCUCAAAACCUGCUGACACAGUACCUAGUGCGUUUGCCUCUGGCUUUGGGGCUGGGUUCGGCAAGAAACCAGGACAGUGGGACUGUGACAUGUGUUCUAAAAGAAAUGAGGCCUCUGAAGACAGUUGUGUUUCUUGUAAAGCUCUUAAACCAUCACUUAAAACAGCUACAACAGCACAAGCGGCACCAGCUGCAGAGGCACCUGCAGUGCAGCCUUCUAUAUCUGCUGUUGUCUCUGGGCUUGCCCAGUUUAGUAAGAAGCCCGGGCAGUGGGACUGUGAUAUGUGCGAAGUAAGAAAUGAAGCCUCUUCUAAUAAAUGUGUCUCCUGUGGAACCCCCAACCCUGCUGCUAAGUCAACAGCAGGGGCUCCGAUAGCGUCAAAUCUGCCAGCAGUUCCAGGAUUUGUGGCUGAAUUAGUAAAAAAGGAUGGGAUGUGGGACUGCAAUGCCUGUCUAGUUAGAAAUGAUGCAUCAGCUACUGAAUGUGUUUCCUGCCACACCCCAAAUGACACUCCCUCUUUAGAAGCUAAGUUUGCCAAGAAGGAUGGACAAUGGGAUUGUGACACUUGUCUGGUGAGAAACGAUGCCUCUGUCAGUAAGUGUUUGGCCUGUGAGACACCAAAUCCAAAUGCUAAAAGCACAACCAGCACUGCUCCCUCUGCCUCCACAUUCAGCUUUUCCUUUGGAACCAAGAGUUCAUCAAGCCAGCCUGCUGGAACUGGAUUUACAAUGCCUUUUGAAAGUGGCAGCACUUUUCAGUUUGGACAAAGCAAAGAUAAAGUCUCAGCUGCUUCUUUCAAGUUUGAAGUUCCUCAGUCUUCAUCUAGUACCACAAGUUCUUCAGCGUUUUCUUUCUCAAUGCCCAUUCCAGCUGGUGGCUUCAAGUUUGGUGUUCAGGACCCUGCAAAAGAAACCCCCUCGACUGCUAGUCCAACACCUGCAUCAGGGUCAGCCUCCAGUUUUCUUAAAAGCAUAGCUGAUAAACACAAGGAAAAAGAAAAUGUGCCUACGCCCUUAGUGGACCACACACAAGAAGAUGAAAAUCCAUUAGUUGCUGGUAAAACCAAUACAUGCAGCUUUGCAGACUUGGCACAGUCCUCUGAAGGAGAUUUCCAGUUUGGCCAUACCGACCCAAAUUUCAAAGGUUUCUCUGGGGCUGGUGAACAGUUGUUCGCAUCAAUACAGGCAACCCCCACCAAGACGGAUGCCUCAAAUGAGCUGGAAGAUGACGACAUGUAUAAAACUGAGGAAAAUGAUGAUAUCCAGUUUGAACCAGUGGUCCAGAUGCCUGAUAAGGUGGACCUGGUGACAGGGGAGGAGGAUGAACUGGUUCUUUAUUCUCAGCGUGUCAAACUGUUCAGAUUUGACUCCAACACCAGUCAGUGGAAAGAGCGAGGUGUAGGAGUCCUUAAAUUUCUGAAAAACACCUCUAAUGGCCGACUAAGGGUACUGAUGAGGAGAGAGCAGGUUCUGAAGGUGUGUGCCAACCACUGGAUCACCACCACCAUGAAUCUGAAGCCCCUGGCAGGCUCAGACAAAGCAUGGAUUUGGUUGGCCAAUGACUUCUCUGAUGGAGAUGCUAAACUUGAACAGUUGGCUGCAAAGUUUAAGAGCCCAGAACUUGCUGAUGAGUUUAAGCAGAAAUUUGAAGAGUGUCAAAGACUUCUCUUGGAUAUCCCGCUACAAACCCCACACAAGCUUGUUGACACAGGCAGAACAGCACACCUCAUUCAGAAAGCGGAGGAAAUGAAGUCUGGGUUGAAAGACCUGAAAUUCUUUUUGACCGAUGAGAAAACCAAGAUCAAAGAUGACGACAACCAGGGAGACAUGACAACAUCUAGCAACGUUUCAAGCCUUGUGAUCAAGCCUCACGGGGAAACCACCGGCCCCACCUUGGAGUGGGAUAACUACGACCUAAGAGAAGAGGCUUUAGAUGAUACGGUCGACUCGUCAGUCUAUGCCUCUCCCAUCGCCAGCAGCCCCCUGAGAAAGAACCUUUUCCGCUUUGGAGAAUCUACUGGUGGGUUCAACUUCAGCUUCCAGCCUGGCAUCAGCCCCUCAAAGUCUCCAGCUAAGCUUAACCAGAGCAGAGCCUCGGUGGGUACUGAUGACGAGCAGGAUGUAACUCAGGAUGAGGAGAGGGAUGGCCAGUACUUUGAGCCUGUAGUCCCUUUGCCUGACCUGGUGGAGAUUUCUACAGGAGAGGAGAGUGAACUGGUGGUCUUCAGUCACAGGGCCAAGCUGUAUCGAUAUGAUAAGGAACUGGGUCAGUGGAAGGAAAGGGGUAUCGGAGACCUCAAGAUCUUGCAGAAUUACGACUCCAAACGAGUGAGGUUGAUAAUGAGGAGAGACCAGGUACUCAAGAUCUGUGCCAACCACUGGGUCACAUCAGCCAUGAAACUGGAACCUAUGAAGGGCGCAGAGAAGGCCUGGGUCUGGAGUGCCGUGGACUUUGCUGAAAUAGGAGAGGGUAAUAUUGAGCAGCUUGCUGUGAGAUUCAAGCUUCAGGAAACUGCCAACACAUUCAAACAGGUCUUUGAGGAGGCCAAGGUUGCCCAAGAAAAGAAAGAACUCAUGACUCCAGUGACAUCUAGAGUCGCCACACCUCAAGACAGCGGACCCACGGGAUCUGCACAGACUACUCCAACUGUGUGCGGGAAGGCAGCCAUCGCUGUUCUGGAGGAGACCACAAAGGAACGUACAGAGCUUUCUCCAGAGAUGCAGACAUGUGCAGCUGGGUCUCCAAGUCCAGUCAACCCCUCGAAGACUGUGGUGUCACCCCCUAAGUUUGUCUUUGGCUCUGAUAGCCUGCAGAGGUUCUUUGGCUCUCCUAAAUCUGAAGAAUCUGCAUCCAGUUUGAAAGCCAAAGAUUCUGGAUAUCCUGCCAGUACUACAUCUGCAGUACCUGCAUUCAAAAUCCCAGAGAAAGGGCUGGAUUUUAGGCUUUUCAAAGAUAACCCAAUGGCUUUUUGGACCAGCACAUCAACCACCCAAUUUGAACCCCCAGGGCCACCUCAGGCAGAAGGAGGCAGUUCAUGGUCGGAGGACAACUCAGAGGUGGAGGUUGUGUAUGUCAGGGAACCCACGGCUGAACAGGCAGCUUUAGCCAGGAAGCUCCUGCUGCCUCUCACCUUCUUCUGCUAUCAAAAUGAGCCAGGCUACACCAGCGACGCUGAAACUGAUGACGAGGACUUCGAGUCAGCAGUAAAAGCCUUGAAUGGAAAACUCUACGCUGAUCCUCCUGAGAAGAAGGCAGCAGCAUGUGGUGAUGAGUCAGACUGCCAGGUGGUUUGGGAGAAGAAGCCGACACCGGAGGAGGAAGAGAAGGCCAAAAGCCUCCAGCUUCCACCCACCUUCUUCUGCGGCCUGAGCAUCACAGACAGCGACCCUGACCCCGACCACGACAAGCCCGAAGACUUUGAGACGGAAGUCCGCAAGGCACAGCAAGACCUGGAUGCUGAGUUAAACCAAGUUGAUAAGGCCCCCAGCAGCCACGCAGUAGCCCUAGAAGAAGAGCCGACGGAGAGCCCGUCAUCCAGCAUCGGCGUAGAAGCUGCGGCCGGCGUAGAAGCUGCAGUCAGCACGUCUACACCGGAGGAGCAGACCUCAGAGCAGCCAGCAGAGACUCAGAGUGAAGCUCCUAGCAGCAGCUCUCCCAUUGACCUUUCAACUAAGAAGAGCCCAGAGCCGGAGUCCAACACUGGGCCUGCAGCUCCUCCUGCAGCUCCUCCUGCAGCUCCUCUUGCAGCUCCUCUUGCAGCUCCUCUUGCAGCUCCUCUUGCAGCUCCUCUUGCAGCUCCUCUUGCAGCUCCUCCUGCAGCUCCUCCUGCAGCUCCUCCUGCAGCUCUUCCUGCAGCUCUUCCUGCAGCUCUUCCUGCAGCUCUUCCUGCCCCUCCAGCUCCUGCUACAACCAUGAGUCAAGCAGAGCUCUCCAACUUUGGCUUCAACACACUGGGAGGCUUCUCUUUUGCUGACUUGGCCCAAAACACAGAAGGAUUUGCGUUUGGAGCUCAAGACUCCAACUUUGCGUGGGCAAAUGCUGGAGCAACAGUGUUUGGGUCCGCGGGGACCUCGGCUCCAAAAAACAACGGCAAUGAGGAGGGCAGCGAUGAAGAGGAUGCUUCUAAUAAUGUGGACAUUCACUUUGAGCCAAUAGUGUCACUGCCAGAGGUGGAGACAAAGUCCGGAGAGGAGGACGAGGAAAUCCUGUUCAAAGAGCGUGCCAAGCUCUACCGAUGGGACCGAGACCUCGGCCAGUGGAAGGAGCGUGGAAUCGGUGACCUCAAGAUCCUCUUCCACCCAGCCAAACAUUUCUACCGAAUCCUGAUGAGAAGAGAGCAGGUGCUGAGGGUUUGUGCCAACCACACCAUCUCUCAGGCGAUGGAACUCAAACCCAUGAACGCCUCAGCCAACGCGCUGAUCUGGAUCGCCACCGACUACUCAGACGGCGACGGCAUAGUGGAGCAGCUGGCGGCCAAGUUCAAAACCCCCGAGAUAGCCGAAUCCUUCAAGAAGACUUUUUGCGCCUGUCAGAGCCGCAUGGGCCAAACCGACGGCGACGCCUCGUUUAUCUCCUCGCCGCAGAUGUCCCGAGUUCAGGAGCACUCCAGAGACACUAACCCGCGGGUGUUCCUCAAAGUGGCAGCCGACGGCGAAACGCUCGGCACCAUCACCGUAGAGCUUUUCUCGCACAUUGUCCCCAAGACGGCGGAAAACUUCAGGGCUCUCUGCACCAAUGAGAAAGGCUUCGGGUUUCGGGACUCCAUCUUCCACAGAGUCAUACCAUCCUUCAUGUGUCAGGGUGGCGACAUCACCAAAGGCGACGGCACGGGAGGCAAGUCCAUCUACGGCAGCAAGUUCGAGGACGAGAACUUCGACGUUCGGCACACAGGCCCGGGCAUUCUGUCGAUGGCGAAUCGCGGGCGCGACACCAACAACUCGCAGUUCUUCAUCACCCUGAAGAAAGCCGAACACCUGGACUUCAAACACGUGGCUUUCGGCUGGGUUCAGGACGGCAUGGACGUGGUGCAACAGAUGGAAGAGUUCGGCACAAAGACGGGGACGCCCACGAAGAAGCUGGUCGUCACAGACUGUGGACAGCUGUAGCUUCUUUAUUUUAAAAUGUUAAGAUCAAGAUUUACAGCUUGGUUUAGGUUAUAAAAGUUAAAGACUUUGGAUAAUGAUGUGUUUCCUGUGCAGUGCGUAACACUCCUGAUUUAAAAACCAUAGUCGCCGUGAGAAUUAAACGCUGAUCACAGGAACUACUGAUCGAGGCCCUUCGUCGUAGAAACCUCGACUCCAGUAUCCUGAAGUUGUUUUGCUAUCCUAUAACGUAGUCACAAAAUGGGGGGGAACGAGGUUUAAUACGUGGGAGAAGGCAAAACAUUUUUGCUCUGUUGCACUUGCAUCUUUAUCAUCGUCCGUCAAUAAAUUCUCCUCAUGUGUUUAUUUUGUGUGUAUAAUUGUACAUGAACUACUUUUUUAAAUGUCUAUUGUUUUGGGUUUUUUUGUCUUGCAUGUGCUGGUCCUCUUCACAAGCUCCACUCGGGUAUUUUGUUCCCCUUUUUGUUUUUGUUUUGAAGAAGAAGUCUUAACUAUAAUUGAAAGGUGAGGUUGUUAUUUGAAUGCACUUGUUGGUUUAUAACCCCUGCCUUCUCUCCAAAUGCUGCCUCCGUGUACUUUGUACUGUAGGGCUCCCCCUCCCCACCACCACCCUCCCUCCAGUGAUUUGUCUUUGUGUAAGUGGAUUUCACAAUGUGCAGAUAAUUGGACUUAAUACACUUGAGUCGUCUCACUGUGUUGCCCUGUGGACGGAGGGGACGUUACAUCUGGUUUGGAUUUUACAAAAGCAAUCCAUUAUAGUUUGAGAUUAUCACAAAUGGUGCUUAUUGUACCAAAAUAAUAUGCUGAUAAAUGAGAAAUAAAGUUGCUUUACAAGUA